AGUCCUCACUCCUCAGUCGCGAAUGCGUGCUUUUGGAGGACGAGCGCGCUAUAACAUUUUUUAUCUGUAUGUUGUUUGUUUUUCAUUAAAUUUGUUUAGCAACACAAUUCAGUAGUGAAAAUGGCGCGAGUUGCCACGCGGGAGGCGUUACGCUUCAUGACGGACUGCCUGAAGGCAGUUGGUGCUGCUUCAAGAGCUGCUCAGCAGCAAGCGGAACUGCUUAUAGAAGCUGAUAGAAUGGGACAUCCUAGCCAUGGGUUAAAUAGAUUGGAACUUUACGUAAACGAUAUAAUAUCCGGAGCAUGCAUGCCCAAUAAUGAACCAAAAGUGCUGAAAGAAACCGCGUCAACAGCGUGGGUUGACGCUAACAAUGUUCUUGGAGCAACAGUCAGCCAUUUCGCUAUGGACAUCGCUGUUAAGAAAGCCAAAGAAACUGGAGUCGGUUGGGUCUCUGUAAAAGGAUCAAAUCACAAUGGAAUGGCUGGAUACUGGGCAAGGAAAGCAUCCGAAAAGGGGCUUAUCGGCAUGGCGUUUACGAACACCUCACCAUUACUAGCACCCACGAGAAGUAAAAAGGCAGCAUUAGGAACGAAUCCUCUAUCCGUAGUCGCACCAGCUUCCGAUGGAGAAACUUUCUACCUGGACAUGGCAACUACUGCAGUCGCAGUUGGAAAGAUUGAAAUGCAAAUGCGCAAAAGAGAAAAGCUUCCAAAUGGUUGGGCACAAGAUCCAGAUGGGAAGGAGACUAAUGACGCAAACCUGGCCUUUAAAACAGGAUGUUUGAUGCCCGUGGGAGGUAGUGAGCAAACGUCAGGAUACAAGGGAUAUGGACUAGCUGCUAUGGUGGAACUAUUCUGCGGUAUAUUGUCAGGUUCCAAUUACGGUCACCACAUUCGGUCAUGGUCACACAGCGGUCAAGGCGGGCCGGCCAAUUUGGGCCAUUGUUUCGUGGCUUUGGAUCCAGAAUGUUUCGCUCCUGGCUUUGGAGAUCGGCUGACAGAUUGUAUACAGCAUUGGAGGGAAUUAGAACCGGCGGAUCCAACUUUGCCAGUUUUAGCACCAGGGGAUAAGGAAAAGAAACAUGCGGAAUUAACAGAUGCUAAAGGAACUGUAUCGUACGUGAAACAGCAGAUUGAAUCCAGCGCAGCACUUGCUAAGAGACUGAAAGUUACACCAAUGAAAGUUGAAUCUGAUGUAUAGAGUAUUGAAGUGAAACUCCUUUUUUUUGGUUGGAAAAAAAUGUAGUGUAACAUUUUUUCGUUACGCGUGCCAUUUUUCCGUUACGCGCCAUGUUUUUCUUAUCCCUACCACGCGUG